CAGCUUUAUAUUGAGGGUCUUUGUCUGAAAAGGAUAAAAAUAACUGUAUUAUGUUAGGUUAUAAUACAAUUUCGCUGGAUAUUUUUUGUUUGUGACCAUCAUUUCUGCACAAUUAUUAGCCUUAAAUGACCCAAUUUAUGUACACACAUUACACAAAUGCGGGAACAACAAUGAUGCCGAAAACUAGUUCCUCCUGCGCCUCGUUUCCAGCCGGUAGAAAUAAAUGCGACAUGACGCGGAAAACUCAUACACAAUGUAUUACACACAACAGCACAAACUUGUGAUAUUAUUAUUUACCACCGUAGAUAUAUAUUCAUAAACAUCACUUUAUGGGCAUUUACCAACAACAACUGAUAGGUUAACGAAGAAGUUUUCCCGGCUGUUUUAGCAAGCUGUUCAUAACUUCAGACAGUUGUAGUGGUUAACAAUCUGGGAUUUUACUCAGUCAUCGGGUUCAAAUAUGGACCCAAAACACAAAAGACUGCUCCGAUCUCAGCGGCUUUUUCUGGCCGAGGAUCUUAUAGUGGAAGACAUGAUCAUACAGUAUUUAUACCAGGAGGAGAUCUUAACGGAGAGUCAUUUAGAGGAUAUUAGAUCGGUGUCGUCUUAUAGGGAAAAAACGCUCAAGCUGCUGGAUAUUCUGCCCACGCGUUGUUCGCUCGCCUUCCAUCACUUUAUUCAGUCAUUAGAGAAAGAUUUUCCCUGGAUCAGAGACAAAUUACUGGGACUGUGUGCUGAAGACAAGGAGCCUCUCCCUCCGUCCUUCACAGUUCAGUGUGGUGUUCCUGACCACAUCCUUCCGACUGUUCCAACUUCGCAGCAUCUGAACCGCUUGGCCGCUCAUCUCAGUUCAGAGUGGAAGUCUGUGCUGCUGGACCUGGGUCUGUCCUUAGCAGAUCUGUACCGGUGCUGUGCCGACCACCCCCUCGCAGUUCAGAGUCAGGUGCUCGCUGGGCUGGUGAUGUGGACGCAGAGGAACGGAAGAGAAGCCACAGUGCGGCGGCUGCUCCAGAGCCUGCAGGCCGCAGACAUCCCGCCAUCUGACCUCCAACAGGUGUUUGUGUGACAUAACAAGUUGUGUUUUUCUGGACUUCAUACUGCUCUUGAGCUGUGGAAAACACAACAGACACUGGAGGAGAAACAGACAGUGUCCUUCCGUGACUUUUUGUAUUUUGUCACAGGAAUGUACUGAAACUCCAUUAUACAUCUAAUAUGGCUAGAAAAA